AUGGCCAUUCGGGAGAUCAAUGGGAAUCCCAGGCUCUUACCCAAUCUCACCCUGGGCUACAAUGUCUACGAGACCAAUUUUGAUGGAAAAAUUACUUCUGAUGCCAUGAUAGACCUGCUAGGAGGCGGGGAGGACAACAUUCCAAACUACAGUUGUGGAAGGCGGAAUCACGGUUUGGCUGUGCUUGAAGGGGCUGACUCUGACAUCUCCGUCCAGAUUUCAUCCAUAUCAGGCACCUACAAAAUCCCACAGCUCCACACAUUCCUGAGAAACUUCCGGUUUCACAAUUCUUCCACGGAUGAACUAUAUUUGGGAGAGAAUGGGGAGCUGGCGGCAGGCUUUGAUAUUGUGAACUGGGUGGUGUUUCCCAAUAGCUCUCGUGACAGAGUGAAGGUUGGGAGCGUCGAGAGACAGGCAUCCACGGACGUCAAGCUGACCCUUAAUCAGGACAGCAUUAUGUGGCCCAGGCCCUAUGACAAGGCCCUGCCUCGUUCCAGGUGCACAGAACGCUGCCACCCUGGAUAUGUCAAGGUCAUUCAGGAAGGAAAGCCAGUUUGCUGCUAUGAUUGUGCUCCAUGCAUGGAAGGGACAAUCUCCACCCAGGAAGAUGCAGAUCAUUGCAACAAAUGUCCAGACAAUCAGCAUCCUAACAAGGACCAAAAUCAAUGUGUACCCAAGGCUGUAACUUUCCUCUCUUAUGAAGAACCUUUGGGGAUUAUGUUAGCUUCUUUUGUCCUAUUCUUUUCCAUCACCACAGUGCUUGUGUUAGGAAUCUUCAUUAAAUAUCUUAACACUCCGGUAGUCAAAGCCAACAACCGGGACCUCUCCUACAUCCUCCUUGUUUUCCUCCUGCUUUCCUUUCUGUCCUCCUUCCUGUUCAUUGGCCACCCGAGGAAGGUGACCUGCCUUCUCAGACAAACCGCCUUCAGCAUCAUCUUCUCAGUUGCCGUCUCUUCCGUGUUGGCCAAAACCAUCACUGUGGUGGUAGCCUUCAUGGCCACCAAACCAGGGAACAGGAUGAGGAGUUGGUUGGGGAAGAGUUUGGCCAACUCCAUUGUAUUUUUCUGUUCCAGUGUUCAGCUUGGGAUCUGCACCAUCUGGCUGGGGAUCUCUCCACCCUUCCCAGAGUCUGACAUGCAUUCUCAGCCUGGACAGAUCACCCUGCAAUGUAACGAAGGGUCUGUUGCCAUGUUUUAUGGAGCCCUUGGCUACAUGGGCUUCCUAACCACUGUCUGUUUCACGGUGGCUUUCCUAGCCAGGAAGCUGCCUGGGGCAUUCAACGAAGCCAAGUUGAUCACCUUCAGCAUGCUGGUUUUCUGCAGUGUUUGGGUCUCCUUUGUGCCCAGCUACCUGAGCACCAAGGGGAAAUCCAUGGUGGCUGUGCAGGUCUUCUCCAUCUUGGCCUCCAGUGCUGGCUUACUGGGCUGCAUCUUCAUUCCCAAGUGCUACAUUAUCAUCCUGAGACCUGGUCUGAAUACAAAGGAGCACCUAAUGGUGAAAACUGAAGGUGGCAUCUGA